UGCUCACCAGAUUCUAAUGCCUAAGAAAUCAGUACCAGACGCAAAUUGGGAGAGAUUCAUAACGCUUAGUGAUUCAAGGAGGAGUUAUUCCAAGCCUGCUUCAUUUCUCCAGCCAAUGUAUAUAGUAGGCAGCAACACAUUAAGCCGUGGAACUAGUCAGCACAGUACCAUCCACCGUAAUUGUGCAGAAACAUGUCAAGAGGUGUCAUAUGAUGGCCCUUCUGAAAGCAUAUUAGUGAAUGGCACAAGUACACAUGAAAGUGCCAAAGAAUCUGGCAUGCAAGUAAAUCCAUCUCCUCCCAUAGACCAGCCACUAAAUAGUCACUGAAACUUUUACACCAAAACGACCAAGUAAAAGAAACAAAAGAUACAGAAAAAUGAUGCUGUAAGUGAUAAACCAAUUGAGUCUCUUUCCUCCGUUCAACAGAUUUGGAAAUUGAAGAAUAUUUCAGGCCCAUUAGAUCCUCUUACAGAAGAAGGGAAUGGAUUUCUGAAAAUAUUGCCUACUUCACAACCAAAGUUGAGCGUGGGAUAUUGCCAAAAAACGUUCUCACGGAUGAAACUGCAAGAAAAACCAUGCUUCAAUCUUCAUAAAUUUGUCAUUCUCCAUAUUUUUUUCUCCCCCAAAAUGGUGCUAUUGAAUAUAUUUGUCUUUUCCAAGAAGAUCCGUAAUUUGUAUUUUGUUGUAUGGAGCACAGCGGAAGCAAAGAGGAUUCUUCUCAUAAUUUCUGGAUGUGCAGUAAUUGGCAUCUCAAGCACUCUAAACCUGGAAGCAAAGAUACCAAACGCAUUUUGGGAUCGGCCUUGCCUGUGAUAGCCUAUAAUUGAAUAUUCUUUGUUCCUCUGUAAUGCUCGUACCUGGGUUAUGGUUUCGUGAGGUGGGAAGCCACUGUCUCCAACAAUCACAUACGGAGAUUUGGUGUUUGUGAAUGGUAAUGUUGCUGCAGGGAGCACAUUUUUCAUCUUUGCUUCAAUACAUUGACGCAAGAUGUCUCAAACUCCAGACCCGUCCCUUAGCACAAACCUCCACACACAAAACAAGUGCGAUUACGCUAUGGUGGUAUUUGUAAUCAUGUUGUAGU